AUGAUGGAACGCAACACUCCCCUGGGUGAUACUGCCGACGAGACAUUGAACCAAACGACUGACAGGCACUCGCCCGCGGAAGUGAAGAAAGAGCGACCCGCGGAGCCAGCAGAGAAGAAGAAUGAGAAGGGGGCGGAGGAGGACGAUCCGGGCUUCUUUUCCCUUGCCAAUUUGAUCGUUGCCCAAGUGUGCAUCGCUGGUGGCCUGAUCAAUGGCUACACCAUUGGAUUGGUGCCUAUCUACGCGUUCUUGUACCUUUGCUCGACGGAUUGCUCGCUGUACAAGAGCGAAAAUGCGUGCAGCACAGUAUUGAACGUAGACUGCCUGUGGGACGCGGGGACGGGGACGUGCAUGUGGCGAGAAUUCACGUGUUCAGUGGAGUACCCGACAGACCCGUCAAACAUCGAGGCCUCCCGGAGUGCCUGCCAAGAUGAUGGGCGUUGCAACUGGGUUUACAGCGAUGAUGUGUGCAAGAACCCCAUAGGGUACACCUCUGUUGAAAAUGGCAUCUUCGCCUGCGCAAUGGUUCUUGGGGCGAUGUUUGGUGCGAUGUACUCCGGAAAGCUGGUUAUUAUAACAGGACAUAACGCGACCUUUACAAUUGGAGGCAUUAUCGGCGUCGUUUCAUCCAUCAUGUACCAUGUAUCUGUGGAGUGUGAUGAAUUUUGGGUGCUCUGCGUUGGCCGCCUGCUGAUGGGUUUGAUUAUUGGCGCCAUCUACGUUGUGUGCCCGAUGUACCUUGACCAGAAUGCGAUUCGGAAGUACUACCAUAUGCUUGGCGCCUCACUUGGUGCCUUCACGACCUUUGGCAUCAUGUUUGCUGCAAUUAUGGGUCUGGCGCUUGGCCGCAGCAUUGACUACACGAAAGAUGCAAAUAUAGGCGGCCGCAUGCAGGGCCUUUGCGCCAUCUCGACAGCCAUCUCAAUGUGCAUUUUGCUAAUGGGCAUAUUUCUUCCGAGAAGUAAGGUGCAGUUCCACGAGGAUGAGAGAAAAGACGCGGUGAUACUUGAUGAGAACGAGUACAGUUGGCGCCAAAUGACCGGCACACUGGUGAUGGGAGUGGUGAUGGCAGGCUCAGCGCAGCUGACCGGCAUUAAUGCUGUGAUGAACUACGCGCCAACAAUCAUGGGCCGGCUUGGGAUGGAGCCGCUGCUAGGCAAUUUUGUCGUGAUGGCGUGGAACUUCCUCACGUCACUGACCACCGUUCUGCUUGCACGUUGGUUCACUAUGCGGCAGCUAUUUCUGUUUGGCUCAUUUGUGUCGUCAGCAGCAUGUCUCCUCCUGUGCGGUGUUCCUGUCUACCCUGGCGUUGCAAAGCCAAAUGUGCGGAACGGCGUUGCAAUCACUGGCAUUGCCAUUUUCAUCUUUGCUUUUGAGAUCGGUCUUGCGGCUUGCUUUGGUGUGCUUACCCAAGACGUGUUUCCUGCCUCAUUCCGCCCGAAGGGUGCGUCAUUUGUGAUGUUGGUUCAGUUUUUCUUCAACAUCAUCAUCAACCUUUUCUUCCCGAUUGCAGUGGAAAAUAUCUCCGGUGGCCCCUCAGGCAAUCAGGACAAGGGUCAGGCAGUUGCCUUCAUUUUCUUCGGCUGUGUUGGCUUUUUCUGCUCCGUCCUUGAGCUGUUCUUCCUGUUCCCGUGGGAGGACAAACACCCCAGAGAAGGCGGCAGCGGCCCGGCAGAGCCCAGCAAUGCCCUCUCGAUCCCAGAGUCCCACGGCGGCGGUGACGACGACGAAGACGAAAGAAACCGCGCUGGGGUGUAG